UUGAAACUCUUCGUUUUCGUUAACUUUUACAAGCUCAAAGAAAGAAAAAAAACACCGACUUUCUAAUUAUAGUAAUGGAUUCAGAUUUUGCUGUACUCGAUUCGAUUCAGCAAUAUCUCCUCGGUGACUUCGAACCCACGACGAUGAUGUUUUCUCAGAACCCGAGCUUUGGCGACAAAGUUUUUCUCACGGAGAGUCGGGGUUAUUCGUUUCCAUCGAAUAACGAAGUCGACCCAGUUAAAGUUGAGCCACUAGAAGCAGCGAGCAAGGAGGAAGUGGUGGUGGCGGCGGCGGCGCGUGAGACGCACGCGCCGCAUUUCAGGGGGGUGAGGAGGAGGCCUUGGGGGAAGUACGCGGCGGAGAUAAGGGACCCGAAGAAGAAAGGAGCGAGAGUUUGGCUUGGGACUUACGAGACACCCGAGGAUGCAGCUUUGGCCUUUGAUAAAGCUGCUUUCAAAAUGCGUGGCUCUAAGGCUAAGCUUAAUUUUCCACACUUGAUUGGGUCGAGCCAGGUGGUGGAGCCUGUUAGAGUCACCCACAAACGCCGCUCGACGGAGCUGUCAUCGCCGUCGUCUGAUGAUGGUGGUUCGAAUAAGAACAAGAGGAGUAGAAUAUGCUGGAGUACUAGCUCAGUGGGUCAAGCUGAUAUCCCAAUAUUAGAGGGUUCAGGUGAUCAAGCUAUAGAUAUUACUAGGCAAUCAUUGGUUAAUGAACCAAUCACAUGGUGGAGGAGUUUAGAUUAUCUGAGUUAUGAUAUCCCAAAUUCAAUGUUUUAAUUUUACACUUCACAAAGAUGUUCAGCUAAUUGCUUCUUCGUUCUCUCACCUGUAGUACAUAGAGAACUUGAUUCUACAGCACGAUUGAAGAAUUGCCUGA